AUGAAAUUCUCGACAACUUUCGCUUUGAUCUCCGCUGCUAUGGUAUCUGUUGCCUCUGCUAAAGAUAACAGCUCUAACGGUUCAAGUACUAACGCUGCCCCAGGUGCCGCUGUAAACGCUGUUGGUUCCUCUUUGGCUGGUGCUGCUGUCGCCGGUGCCAUUGCCUUUUUGAUGUAA